GGUUCAAGGGGUGUGAAUACUUCUGCCAGGCGGUGUAUGCUAACUUUAUUGAGGCUCUUUUAAAAAUCUUGUUAAAGCGAUCGAGGCGCUGCAGAGAGGAGCGCUUCGCCUUGCCUGCUGGGGAAGCCAGCAGCGUGUCCUUAAGUAGCUUCUCAUGUUCCCCUCGCAGGUCAUCUAAGGACAUCCUGGCUCGCAGCCGAAUCGGAAACGAACGCGUUUACGGCCCUGAGCGCUGGUUCCCCGGCACCCCGUGCCUUCAGAGCCCGCAGGGACCGGCCUGUCGUUCCCAAAAGCACUUCACGCUGGUGUUAAAAUGGGCCCCCCUUUUGUUUUUUACAUAAACUGCUAACAUCUUUUUUUUUCUUUUUUUUUAGAUUCCCCCGAAAGUCGCCGCGGAAUGACGUCAACACGUAUUACAUUGAAUGAUGACGCUGUUUGAUCAUUAAAAAAAAAAAAAACAGCCGUUAAAAUAUCUGAGAAAUAGGUCACCGAGCAACAGAAGCACCGGGCGGCGGGUUUAAUGAGCGGCUAGCAGGAGCCGUCCCCCACGGCCGCGUGAACUUUCCCCAGGAGCCGCCUCUGCCGGGAGACAACCUGCGCGGACCAGGAGAGAGGCAGAUGUCCGGUGUUUCCAGCAUCAGCAGAGCGGGGCUGGCUGUAGCUGUCUGAAGCGAGCCGUCUGCCUCCGCCUGGCUGCUGCCCCCCUCGGCUCGGCUGAAUGGUUAGCCGGAGGAGAAAGGGAGGGAGCAACAGCGACGGAUACCAGCGGGGAGCACCUGGAGGCUGCCCUGCUGCCGAGAACCCAGGAAAUCAGAGCCCGCUUCGCCUCCGCAGCCCGGUAGCAGCGCGGCGCACAUUACUGUAGUUCAUAGAAACGAGAUCCCAAGAAUCCAGCACACCGGCUCGCUGUCCUGCAAUAUGUGAACCUCGACAGCUCUGCCACAGCACAAGUACGCGUCACUUUGAAUCGAACGAUGUCAAGCCGCCGGAAAUCCACCACACCAUGCAUGGUGCUGCCUUCGGAUGUGGUGGAGCAGGAAGCCGUGGAGGAGAAGACGGAACGAACAAAGGAGGAGGAGGUAGGGGACGAGGAGGAGGAGGAGGAAAGGAAGGGGAAGGAGGCGACCGAGGAGCUUGGUCAGUCGGUGGUGGUUGUUCCCACUCCACCAGAUGCAGAUGAAGCCGAUGUCUCCGUGGUGGAAGACCUUAAAGUGGUCAGCGGUUCGCUGAAAUUAAGGCCGGAGGAUUCACCAGAGGAUCCGAGUGGUGGUCAGAUGACUCAGGAAGCCCAGGGGGACUCCCAGAAGGAGGGAGGAGCUGACUCGGCUGCGGCUUCAGCCAUCUCCCUCAGCAAGACUCCAAUCAUGAGGAUGAAGACCAAAUCUGAGCCCAAGAGAAUCGCCGUCUCCCUCAAAUCCACAGAUGAAGCUGCGGGCGAGGGUUUGGGAGGAGGAGGAGGAGGAGGAGGAGGAGGAGGAGGAGGAGGUGAGGGGGAUCUGGGUGGAGAGCAGGAGCCCAUCGAAGCGCCACUCGGACCGAUGACGCCCGUGGAGAUGCUGCUGCACAACUCCAUGAAGUUUGGGGGAGGUGGCUUGCUGGUGAGCCCACCAUCAGAGCAGCAGAGAAAAUCUUCCAUUUUAAACCCCACAGUCCUGCCUGCUGGUCUGGCUCAGGUGCUCUCAGCCUUCCAGGCCCAGCAGAGUGCAGCAGCAGCCGCGGCCUCACAGGCCCAGCUGCUGAUUCCUCUGAGCAGCAUCCCCUCCUACAGUGCAGCCAUGGACUCCAACCCCCUCCUGAUCAACACAUACAGGAAGUUUCCUUACCCCUCUCUGGCAGAAAUAAGCAGCCUGUCAGCACAGACGCAGUUUACAGAAGAGCAGAUCAAGGUGUGGUUCUCAGCCCAGCGUCUCAAGCACGGCGUCAGCUGGACUCCAGAGGAAGUGGAGGAGGCCAGGAGGAAACAGUUCAACGGGACCGUGCACACAGUGCCUCAGACCAUCACCGUCAUCCCUGCACACCAACUGUCAGCUGCUGCCAACGGCCUGCAGUCCAUCCUGCAGACCUGUCAGAUCGUGGGCCAACCGGGCCUUGUGUUUACACAGGUUGGUCCAGGUGGGAAUCUUCCAGUGACUAGUCCAAUCACGCUGACUGUGGCAGGAUUGCCCAGUCAGUCUCAGAGCUCCAGCCGAGUCUCCUGUCAGUCCACACCGACAAACAGUGAGCUAAAACGGGCUACCACAGUCCAGCCUCCCUCUCUGUCUCCACAGGAGAACUCAGCCCUCAGUGCUGACUCUUUCAGUCUGCGUCCUAAGAAGUCCAAAGAGCAGCUGGCAGAGCUGAAGGCCAGCUACCUGAAAAACCACUUCGCCUCAGACGCAGAGAUCGCCCGGCUGAUGAAACUCACCAAUCUGACGAAGGGCGAGAUCAAAAAGUGGUUCAGUGACACCCGCUACAACCAGCGCAACUCCAAGAACAGCCACGUGAUUGUUUUCCACGACGGAGGCGGCCGCGGGGGCAGCAGCUCUGGCAUUGCUGCGAACACCCCCAUCGUUAUUGACUCGAGCGACGAGACCCCCACAUCCCCCCAUGCUCCAAACACUUCCCCCGUGAAGGAGAAGGAAAAGGAGAAAGAGACCCGAGUCAAAACCUGGAAUCCUUUCCCCGACUUCACUUUGCAGAAGUUUAAGGAGAAGACUCCCGAGCAGCUGGUGGUGCUGGAGGAGAGCUUUGAGAAGAGCAGCAUGCCGUCAGACGAAGAGCUGAGUCGCCUGAGGACAGAAACCAAACUGACUCGGAGGGAGAUCGAUGCCUGGUUCACUGAGAGGCGAAAAGUUCCAGCUGUGAGUACGUCCUCUCCGGACUCCUCUGAGGGAGGGAAAAUUGAAACGGAUAACUCAAAGGCAGAGGAAGGAGGGGAAAUACAAGGUUCAAGCGCCUCCCCUCCGUCUGCCUCCUCCUCUAGAAAGGGGAGUCAAACUCCUCCAGGAGGUCGCAGCAAGCAGCUGUCUGGUAGCAGCAAGAAAGACCUGAAAGAAAAAAGCAAAAAGACUCCAGAGCAGCUCCACCUCCUCAAAAGUGCCUUCGUGCGGACGCAGUGGCCCACGCCGGAGGAGUACGAUCAGCUGGUGGAAGAGAGCGGCCUUCCUCGCCAUUACAUUGUCAGCUGGUUCGGGGAUUCUCGGUACUCCUGGAAAAACGGAAACCUGAAAUGGUUCUUUCAGUACCAAAGUGGCAACGUCGAGGGACCAAGCGACGCAGGCGGCAGUAAAACAGGAGGGCGGAAAAGACGUGGACGAAAUCGUGGCUGGGCCCGGUCCAAAACCAGGAAGCAGCCAAAGAGGUCCUCCUCCUCUUCCAGUGCAGAUGUCAAAAGAUCCCCUCCGUCAAAGAAAUUCAAGAGUGGGCGGGAAAUCCUGAAGGAGUACUACCUGAAGCACCACUUCCUCAGUGAGCAAGAUUUAGAUGAGCUGGUCUCCAAGACCAACAUGAGCUAUGAACAGGUGAGGGAGUGGUUUGCUGAAGUUCAGCGACGCUUGGACUCGGGGUUGGAGCCCUUCCCGGAGCCGGCUGCGGGGAGAACGGGUGGGGACAAAGCAGCGCAGCAAGAAGCAACAGAGACACACGGAGAGAGAUCAGCCAACGCCGAGGAGCAGGCUGAAGCAGGAGUGGGAGAAGAGGAGGACGACGAAGAUGACGACGAAGACGACGGCGACGAAACAGACGACAGUGAGGUUUGGGAGCCGUCACGUAGCGUCAGGAAAAGUUUGUCCCUCUCCGAAGACUAAAGGUUGAGAUCUGACCUGAAAAUGGAGUCCGUUAGGUCAACACCGGUCAGUUAGUGAAAUUAAGUUUUCUUUGCUUGUUUGUUUGCCACUGACGUGCAUGAACAAUUACUGUUUCACUUUUUCUCAAAAACCUCUUCAAUCGAGUGCACAUAAGACACAAAUAAAUAACUUCAGUUCCAUCUUUUAAGAAAAAGGAUCAAGAUCAAACUUUGACAAAGUUUAUUAAGCAGCUGCUGCAAAAUAACUUUGCAAAAAGAGAAUAAUGUGUUAAAACUGAGCUGAGAAUGUAACCCCCCACCAACCCCUAGACCCCCAACCCCCAAAUAUCUCGUCCAUAAUAUAAUGUAAAAGGUGGAUUAUUUGGGUAAUCCUCAAUUUGGUCAUCCACUGUGUUCCUGAAAGUAAACAAACUUGCUGACU